AUGCCCGCGGAAGCAGAAACUCCAAAUAUGGAGAACAAGGAAGGAAGUAGACGACUGAGGUAUUUUGAUGAUUGGGACAUAUGCAACUAUGUGUCAAUGUCAUGGGUACACACAUGGGUAGAGUAUAUCGCAGAAGAAACAUGUGAUCUUAAAUCCCUACACCCAAUACCGAAGGCAGAUGAAAUAAGCAGCUGGCAAACUGUCUUCUCUAAACACAUCAGCGAUGGCGUACUAAAGUUGGAAAGAAGCGAAUCUAGAGGGUUGGUAUCAACAGCAUAUGGACAAAAUAGCCGUUGGAACGGUAGCAUAUUCCUGAGAGCCAUUGUUCUCACUUUCUGGAAACGGGCACUGUUAACGCUGCUAGGAUGCUGCUUUGUUAGUGUAAGUAGUAUGGCAACAGCCAUACUACUAAAGUUUCUAUUCGACCAACUAUCGGCGGAUUCAAAUGCAAAGUCACAUUCAAUACAAAAGAUACUGUCUAUCGUUAUCGCCGUAGUCUUGGUUGAAUCUUUCCACUCCGUAAUAGAACAACAUAUACAGUUAUACGUAUAUAGGUUAGAAAUAUGCAUUGAAGCCGUUAUUUCUAUAACACUAUUCCAACAUGGGCUGGUUUAUCGAAGACAUUACGCAUCAACACUAUCUUCGCAUAGUCCGCUACAUACCUGCAAAAGUGUUGUGCACUUCAACGAACCUUCGGGCAAAAGCUGCUCUAGAGAUCCGCUGUCAUGCCCAGCGCGGAGACAUCAACACCGAGAACUACCGCCAAGUAUGUAUACGUACAUGGUACUAGAUGCAAAUGCCAUUACAAUGGUGGUGGAAUCGGUUAUAGCGGUAGUAAGCUUCCUAUGCAGCUUCUCGGCCGGAUUACUAUUCGUUAAGGCAGUCAUGGGCUUCCCAAUAUUAAUGCCGACGAUAACUGUACUGGUUGCCGUAUUCUCAAUGGUAUUCCUAGAACUCCUUAACGGAUCUUUGAGACAUUACUCACUAGAAUCAAUGGAUGCACGAAUAUCGAUCAGCUCAGAUGUAUUGGGGAACUUGCAACUAUCCACAACAAUGGGUAUAGAUGAUGUAGUAUAUCGUGCCAUACAAAAUAGCAGGGACGACGAACUCGCAGUACUUAGAGUACAACUCUUCUUGAGGUUCCUAACACGCAGCAUAGAACGAUCAGUAGGCAUACUAUUGUUCUGGGUAUUCGUGUACGUCUUCAAUAAAGAAGUGGCGUUGAUAGAACCGGGAGAAACCCUAAGGUUCCAGUUGGGCGAACUCAUCUCUAUUAUAUUCAUUAUAGCAAAUAUAGUUGUAUCAUGCAAACAUCUACCCAAAGCAUUCAGACAAUUCGUGGAGACAACAACGUCAUACCAUAGGGUGGAAACCUUUCUACAAACCUGCUCAUCAAAUUAUUAUCUGGAAUCGAACAAAGAUGAAGAAAAUAUGGUGGAGCCACAAAAGUUGCCUCCCAAUAUUUCAUCUGAUACAGUUGUAUAUUACAAAGAUGCUUCAUUCAGCUAUAUUUCGACGAGGAACCAGCUUCUAAGCGGAGAUCACACGAGCUCUCCGCCGCUAUUCCAGUCGUUGAACUUUCUGUUGCUACGGAGAGAUAUAUGCGUCAUCACAGGUAACCAAGGUUCUGGUAAGACGAGUUUCAUCAAAUCAAUACUUGGAGAGAUGAGUCUGGUCUCUGGGAGCAUGGCAGUGGCGCCGUUAGCUGCCGGAAUGCCAAUAUUCUACAGCUCACAAGAGGUAUGGCUACCUAGCGGCACCAUUCGUUCUAUCAUUACCUUCGGCCAUCAAUAUGACGAAGAGGUAUACGAUACUGUGGUGAGCUCCGCGGAACUUGAGACGGAUUUCAGGUCAUGGGCAGACGGAGAUUUGAGACAUAUUACCGAAAAGGGACACUGCCUCAGUGGAGGACAACGUGUCCGCAUAGGGUUAGCUCGAGCCCUCUACGCAUAUAUGAUCUACAGCAAGGCAAAUGAAAAAAUGGAAAAUAGGUGUUGUUUCAUGGUAUGUCUAGAUGAACCUUUCGAAGGACUUGAUACCAAUGUAUCACGUGCUAUUUUCAAGAAUCUGUUUAGAAACGUAGGAGGAAUUUUGACUAGGGACGAUGUAGCGGUAGUACUUACAAUGUCAAAAAUGUCAUUGGAUAUGGUAUUAACAAAUGACGCUUGCCUAACCUUAACAAAUAUGUUCAUGCGAGUCCUUGAUGACGGAAUGUUACACGAACCCGUGAUGAUUACCGAUGGAUCGUGGGAAAGUAAGACUAAACUAGGGGAUCAGGAUAGGAGCGUGAUAUAUAACUCAUUUGGUAGGAUGAUGAGCCAAGAGAGCAGCGAAUCACCAGCCCAGCCGGCCACAACCGCCGGUAUGGCCUCCAAUGUAGGACAGGAAACCCAUACACAUGAAAAUGAACAGUUUGCAUACACAUGGAGCGCUUAUAUAGUGUAUCUGCAAGCAGUAGGGCCCUGCUUGUUCACGUUCUUUGUUAUUCUAUUGUUGGUAAGUAAUGCUGCUGUAAACUUGAAGCUACUGACCGCUGCCAAAUGGGUGGAUGGAAUGCGUCGUCUUACGACACCCGAAUGGCUGAAAGAGAUCAUGGAACACCAUAAACUCCAUUACUUCUGGAUUACUGUGUUGACCUUUGCGUCCAUAUCAUGUUUUGCGGUAUUGAUCUUUGUAGUGGUCUCUACCAGCCUACGGGCUUCUAGACGUAUUUACAGCUUCGCCCUAAAACGGUUGUUCCACCAAAAUUACGAAGCAUAUUUUAACACGUGUAUGGGAGCACUAAUGACAUUCCUCACGAGUGAUAUCCAUAUCAUCGACGAAAUGAUUGGGAACUAUCUCUACGAGACAACAUUUUCAUUGGUUGCAUUCCUAGUCAAGUUCGCAAGUCUAUGUUAUAUGGUACCCAUGGCAGUACCUGUACCUUUAGCUACUUUCUGGUUAUUGUACUACUGUGCCCACCGUAAGGUGCUCAGAUCCUCGAAGAUAUUACAGAGACUCAUGCUAGAGGCAAAUAGUAAUGUUAAUGCGGUCUAUAGCGAGGUGAUGUCAGGAUCCUCGUUAUACCGCAGCUUCUGUAAGGAACAUAUGUGGCUGGAUCUUGUAAGAGAACGCUCGAAUGAGUACUACCGGACUAUAUUCCUAAAGGCAGCGUACACGACAUGGGCCACACUGGUGACAAAAGUGAGCGUCGCAGUGAUGAUAGCGGCGUUCAUUUUGAUUCCAGUACUAUAUUCCUAUUUGGCGGGCACUGAGCUGGAAGUGGCACAUUUAGGGGUUGGCAUGUCAAUGUGCCUAGGGUUCGGGAACAGUUUGAGGUGGCUCAUCACUAACUAUGCUCAUCUUGAAAAGUAUAUGUGUUCAGUGGCAAGAUUUGAAAAGUACUUUCUACAGGGGGGUGUUAAGCAAAAUGAAAAGUUCGAAUGUAUGGCUGAAAGCGUAGUCUCAGGGUUCAAGACACAGGAAAACGACCUUCGCACACCGCCUGAAGAUUCGCCUAUGGGAAAUUGUUUAUCUAACAAGAGAACUAUUACGGAAAUUCAACGACACAAAUCUGUCACAGUUGUUGUUAACGAAUCACCAAACUCAGAACAAGAUGACUCCACAGUGCUACGACGAUUACUGAGAAGACGACGAGCAGAGUAUCGUUCGUACGCCUUUCGUCGCUAUACAUCACUUUUCGGAUGGUAUUGUUAUCGGCCUCGUAUAGAUGUCCUCGACCCUUCACCUUACCUCUCGUUUUCACCGUCGGUAUUGGAGCUUGUCAACGUAUCAGUUUCUACUCCUUCAGUAGGCAGUAUCCCAUCGACGGGUUGCCGGUUAAAUAAUGUGACAUUCCGCGCGACUGUAGGCGAUGUUAUCGGUGUAAUGGGACGUACAGGUGCGGGCAAAAGCACGUUAUUAGGAGUUAUACAAAACAUAGUACCCGGGAGGGAGGGCUCCGUAUUGCUGGACGGGCACGAUAUAAACACUAUCCCGAGGAGGUUGCUCCGCCAUCUAGUGGGAGUACUCCCACAGUUACCGUACAUAUACAAGGGUUGGACUCUGCGUCGUUUCCUGGAUCCCAGGAUGCUCUACUCGGAUACAGAAAUCGUGGAUGCUAUUGAUUGUUGCGGGUUACAGGAACUAGUCAAUGGGAUCCAUGGAGUAGAGGCACUUGACACAGUAUUAGUCUCGGAUGACGUACGCCCGCGCCAUAGACUUUUCCUCGCACCACCCAUGGUGCCGUUGGCCGGGAACGUAUAUGAGCAUUGCCUUUGCUCCGUUAUGGGCCCCGACGAGUCGGAUGAACGACGGGUAUUGCUUUCUACAACGCAGCAACGACAGCUGUUAAUUGCUAGACUUGUGCUUUACCGUCGGACAUACCGCCUCUUGUUGAUAGAUGAACCGCCUUGGACCGAUAAUAGGGUCGAAAAAAAGAGGGGUUCAGCAUGUGUUAGACGAUUUGUCGUCGCCCUCAACCUCUUAUUUGUCGAUUGA